AUGCGCUUCUCCAACACCAUCACACUCAUCCUCGCUGGCAGCGUCAUGGCUGCGCCUGUUGCAGAGCCCCAGCCUGAGGCUGCCCCAGAGGCUGUCUCUGAGUCUGAUAUCGAGGCACGCCAGCUACUCAAGGGCCUUGCGCCUCCUGUCGCUGGCCUUCUCGCGUCCCUGGGACUUGUCGGGCUUGCUCCUCCAGUUGGUGCUAUCGUCGACACUCUGGGCGACAAUGUCAAAAAGCGACAGUUGCUGAAUGACUUGUCUCCUGAUGUCGCUCUCCUCCUCACAUCACUCGGCCUUGGUGGGCUUGCACCUCCCGUCGCGGGCAUCGUCGACACUCUCGGAAAUGAUGUCAAGAAGCGGCAACUUCUGAACGACUUGUCUCCAGAUGUUGCCCUCCUCUUGACCUCUCUCGGCCUGGGUGGUCUCGCCCCUCCCGUCGCCGGUAUUGUCGACACUCUCGGCAAUGAUGUGAAGAAGCGACAGCUUCUCAACGACCUGUCACCUGAUGUCGCCCUCCUCUUGACCUCUCUCGGCCUGGGUGGCCUCGCCCCUCCUGUCGCCGGCAUUGUCGAUACUCUUGGCAACGACGUGAAGAAGCGACAGCUUCUCAACGACCUGUCACCUGAUGUCGCCCUCCUCUUGACCUCUCUCGGCCUGGGUGGUCUCGCCCCUCCCGUCGCCGGUAUUGUCGACACUCUCGGCAAUGAUGUGAAGAAGCGACAGCUUCUCAACGACCUGUCCCCCGACGUUGCCCUUCUUCUCACUUCUCUUGGUCUGGGCGGACUUGCCCCUCCUGUUGCCGGUAUUGUCGACACCCUUGGCAACGAUGUCAAGAAAUGA